CAGAGACUGCAGACAUAGUACAGGAGAUGACCAGAGACUGCGGACACAGUACAGGAGAUGACCAGAGACUGCGGACAUAGUACAGGACAUGACCAGAGACUGCGGACACAGUACAGGAGAUGACCAGAGACUGCGGACACAGUACAGGAGAUGGCCAGAGACUGCGGACACAGUACAGAUGACCAGAGACUGCGGACACAGUACAGGAGAUGACCAGAGACUGCGGACACAGUACAGGCAAUGACCAGAGACUGCGGACAUAGUACAGGAAAUGACCAGAGACUGCGGACACAGUACAGAAGACCAGAGACUGC